AUGCGGAAGGCCGCGCAAAGGGAGAAGGACCGCACAAACCGGCGACGUGAAUCGGUUGCUAGCGGGACGGAAACUUCCCUCCUGGGGACGCCCAAUGCAUCGGGCCCCGGUGGCGACGCAUCGACGGAUGCCGACGGCCUUAAGGCCACGCAAGAGGCCGCGUUGGAGCUGUUGCGGCGAGCGCACCGCGAGGAAACUGAAAAGCUUCAGGAGUUGCUGCGGGAGGCGCAGAGCAGCCUUGACGGCACCAAGGCGGAGCUCAAUAUGCGCGAACAAGAGCUCAUCCCCUUGCGGGAGGGGCAACGUCGUGCGCAGAUGUGGGAAGACGACAAACUCAUUUUGGAAGGCUCAGUGAGCGCACUGAAACGCCAACUGGAGGAGGCGCAAGAAAAGCAAGUGGCCGCACAGGCGGAAGCCGAGCGGCUGCAGGCAGAAAAAGCCCGACUCGAAGCAGAAAAAGGAGGAGAGAAACGGCCGAGGACAGCGCACGCCAGCGACAGCUGGAGGAGGAACAGCGGACCCACGCGGCGGAGGAAGCGCGCCAGCAGCAGCAAGACCGCACCGCAGCGGAGGCGCAGGCGUUUCUCGCGACGAAGGAACUCCAGUCCAAGCUUGACGCCGCCGAGAGGAGUACGAGGCCCUGGUGACGCCUGCAACUGGACGUCAAGGAGGCGGAGAGAGAAGAAGCGUGCGGUCACAGAGGAGCGGCAGCGGCUCACGGAUAAACACAAAAAGGAGGCUGAAGAAGCCUCUGAGAAGCACAAAGCAAAUCUUGCAGACGUGGACCGGAAACACAAGGCGCAGAUCAAAGAACUCAAGGAGGAGCUCAAAAAGAGAAGGAACACCGCAAGACAGCUUCCAAAAGCAAAAACGACAGUGGCGAGGCCGCGAGUGCGCGCCAUGCUGAGCAAGAAAAGGAAAUGGAGACCCUCAGGACGGCGUUCGAGGAGCUGGAAGCGGACCCAAGCCGCUGAGGACGCCCGCCGGCAAGCCGAACUGGAGAAAGCUCUGAGCGACCAAGCAACAAGUGCGCAGGCGUUGCAGGAGGCCAAACAAGAGAAGAUGAAAACGACACACGAUGAAGACGUGACGGCGCUCAAGGCCGCUCACGCGGAGGAGAUGGCCACGCUCACGGCAAACUGCGACCAGUUACGCGAGCAGUGCAGUGCGCUUCGCUCUGAGGUGGAGACCCUCACCGAGCAGGCGCGCGCGAGGAGAGCAGAAAGCGAAUCGGGGAAAAAGGAAAGUGGCAAAGAACGCGCUACCAACGAUGGAAUGGUCGUCGACGCUCCUCCCAAGGCGACGCAGUGCCACGCCCCGGCGGACGCCAAUCAGCCAGAGCUGGUUGACGUGCUUCCCCAGUUCACUGUAACCUCUUUUGCCACCGGCGUGCUUGACACGUUGCGCUUCACUUGCGAGAGAAUGCUGGAGGAACAAGUGGAAGGCUUUUCCGAGUGCCUGACAUAUCUGCACUCGGCUGCCCUCAAAACGGCUGCCGAGCAGGCCCGUCGCAGCGCUGCGGAUCAGCAACGCGAGGAGGAGCAAGAGGCGCAGCAAACGGCCCACUCCGAGGCCAUUGGAAAGUUGCAACGGCAAGUGAAGGCCGCCAAGCGUGAAUGCCAGGGACACGAGCAACGGGCCGCGGAGUUUGCGCAAGAGGUGCUACAACAGAAGCGCGCCGCCGCGAAGGACGAGGAAAUGGCGCAGCUGCGUGAAAAGCUCAAAAAAGCUCAGAAAGCUGCCGCGCGGUCGGACAGGAGCGGUGCCGCUGCCGCGAGUCUGACCGCGCCGUUGCCGUCAGCAGCGCAUCGAGGUACAGACCCCGCCCUGGAGGACCCGGCGGCGACGCUGCUGACGGCGGCCGUGGAGUGGGAAAAGGUUGCACUGGGCCUGAUGGCCGAGUACGACAACGAACACCAUCCGCACCGUCCAGACCGACUUGCGCACCCGCGCGCGAAAGAGUUGGCGGAGCGCGAGGACUUCACCGACCGCGAGUCCCACCUGGCCAACCUUUCGACCGCCGUGGAGAGAAAGCGCACCACUAUUGCCCGUGUUUGUAAAGGCCUUCACGCCGUUGUUGAGAAACUAAAGGAAAGGGAGGAGGAGCUAGGCUUGUUCAACGAGGCGGUGGCAACAUGGACGCAGGAGACGCCGCGCUCCUGUCCGACGAUUCGCCUACUGCACACCAAAACAGCGAUGGCGACGGGGCCUCUUCGUGACACAGGACGCACAAGGCGACGACGCCUCACAAGAGGGGCCGCCAUGUCCACAUUCACGAGGGACGCCGCUGAGAUGCUUAGGGCGGCGGAAGCCGCCUCUCCGGAAAGCGAGGAGAGGCACGUUACGCGGCUCGGCGAACGCUGUCGCCUUACGAGUUUUACAGCCCAAACCAUCCCGGAAACCUGUCCACUGCGCGCAACAACAAAGAAAACGCACCCGAUCACGCCGUCGGGUACAACUAAAGAGGUGGUGACGCAGAAUGCACUGCUACGACGCCAGGUGGAGGAGCUCCAGCGCGGGGCCAAGGUGCGUGACAGCACGCAGUUCGACCGACUGGAGCAAAUGCAGGAGGAACUGGAUGGGCUGCGGACAAAGUGCGAUGCGGCCAUGGCGCAAUCUGCGGCGACGCGCGUGGAGUGUGCUGAGCAACUUGAGCGGAGCGGUCCGCGCUCAGCCACCGCCUCGACGCCGAGCUGGCGCUUCGCCGACAUGCGCCGGGACGAGCAAAAGGAACUCCGAAUUGCAAAACAGUACAUCCGGGAAGAGGUCCAGAAGGUUGGUGGGACCGUACGCGAGAUGGUCGAUGCUGCGUGGCACAGCUGCGCGGCCGCGCUGGAAGCGAGUACGAAGGACGCAAAUGACACGACGAAGAGUGACAUCAAGCAGACAAAGCUGAUGGUGCAGGCGAUGGAGGAGAAGACCGUCUCGCUGCGUUUGGAGGCGAACGAAGCAGUGACGGCGUCGCGCAUGGAUAGAGCAGAGAAGAAGUCUGACGCGGCGCACGACGCCACUAGUCGCAUGGACGCGGCUUUCCUUAUAGUCAAGGAGACGAUGGACAAGACCACCGCUGUUGCAAAGCAGGCCGCCGCACAGGCCCAGCGGCGGAGGAUGCCUGCUGGAUCGCGAUCUCCGACUCACACAGGUGGAGUCGCAGCUGCAGGCCGCCGCUUCCUCCGAAAAGCUCAAGGCGGGAGAUUGAGGCCUGCAAGCGCACGACAGCUGCCUGAGAGUCAGACCGGAUGCUCUCAGUCGCGUGUGCAACGGAGCGAGGAGCUCGCAGAAAAGACGGCCAGAGCGAAUGAAUCGGCCGCUGACCGCACAGUGCGCUGCGAGCGGCUUGUCGAGAAGUCUCACGAAAUGGUCAAAGGCUUCGCCGACGCGCAGCAGCAGUGGGCGCAGCGCCUCGUCGCGGUGGAGGAUCUACGGGAUCGGGUGGUGGCGACCGCCGAGCAGCAGGAACUGACGGCCGCCCGCCUAGAGCAGCGUGUUGUCGGUGGCGAAGGCAAGGUGAAGCUCUUGGCAGAGCGCUUGUCGCAGACGACAAAGGACCUGCAGCAUCAGCAACUGGGACUGGCGACGCAGCUGGAAGGGGCGCAGGAGUCUGUCUCCCGCAGCGAGGCGGUCAGCGCAUUGGCUAAGACAGAGGUCGAACGCUCGAGAAGCGCCUCUGCAGCUGGAGUCGGCCAGUGCGGGUGUCGUGGCGGACUGCACCACCACGCGCGCGACCGUGGAGGAGAACACAAAGGACGUCGCUCUCCUGCGACGGCAAAUGCAACAAGCACGGGAGCUCAACGACGUGCGAAGCAGUCGGGUCGAUGA